AUGGCGAAAGAAGGCGAGCGGCCCACGGCCGCUGACAAGGGCAAGGGCAAAGUAGACGAUGCUCGAGAGUUGAAUGGACAGAAGAAGGACAUCAAGGAUGAAAAGACACGUGGAAAGAAGGAUGGGAAGAAAGACGAGGAACCUCAAGAAGAGGAACUCAGUGAGGAAGAUCAGCAGCUCAAGAAUGAGCUCGAGAUGCUCGUUGAGCGGUUAAAGGAACCGGAUACUUCCCUAUAUCGACCCGCCUUAGAUGCCAUCAAGACAUUUAUCAAGACGUCUACCUCAUCUAUGACCGCUGUCCCAAAGCCAUUGAAGUUCCUCAGACCUCAUUACGAUGAGCUCACGGCGCUCUAUGAUCAGUGGCCCGCUGGGCCUGACAAAGACUCGCUGGCAGAUAUGCUGUCUGUCUUGGGCAUGACGUAUGGGGUUGAGGACAAGCUGGAGACCCUCAAAUACCGCCUCCUAGCCAAAUCAGACGACCUGGGUUCGUGGGGCCAUGAAUACAUCAGACACCUAGCGCUGGAAAUCGGACAGGAAUACCAGAACCGGGUGACGGAGGAAAAAGAUGUCCAGGACCUGAUCGAUCUCUCCCUGUCUCUGGUUCCAUACUUCCUGAGUCACAACGCCGAGGCCGAUGCCGUCGACCUGCUCAGCGAACUGGAGAUGAUCGAGGAAAUCUCGCGCUUCGUGGAUGAAAACACCUAUCCAAGGGUCUGCUUAUAUAUGGUCAGCAUGGUCAAUUUGCUUACCUACCCCGAGGACCAGCAAUUCCUCCGAACUGCUCACGAUAUCUACGUUCGCUACAACAAGCUUGCCCAGGCCAUCGUCAUCGCCAUUCGUCUGAAUGACAUCGAUCUCAUCAAGAGCGAUUUCAACGCCACGAAUGACAAGGCACUUAAGAAGCAAAUGGCUUUCCUUGUUGCUCGGCAGCAAAUCUGGCUUGACUUGUCUUCGGAGGAGGAGGAUGAUCAAGAGUUGAUGGAUUGUCUGAACAACACCCAGAUCCCUAUACACUUCAAGGCUCUGGCCAAGGAACUCAACAUUCUCGAUCCAAAGAUGCCCGAAGACAUAUACAAAACCCAUUUGGAGAGCAGCAGGGGUGCGGGGCUGACUAAUGUUGACUCCGCGCGACACAAUCUCGCGAGUGCUUUCGUCAAUGCCUUCGCCAACGCGGGCUUCGGAAACGACAAGAUGAUGUUGGUCGAAGGCGACAAAGGUCCAUGGGUCUGGAAGACAAAGGAUGAUGGUAUGAUGUCGACCACUGCAUCGAUGGGUAUGCUUUUGCAUAGGGACGUCGAGGAAGGGUUGGAUAAGAUCGACAAGUUCACAUACGCCCAGGAGGACCAAAUCAAAGCUGGAGCGUUGCUUGGAAUUGGCAUUCUCAACUCAGGCGUCAGAUUGGAUUCCGACCCUGCCCUAGCCCUCCUUGGUGACCCAGACAAUCUCGGAAGCAAGAGUAUCCAGACGCGAGUGGCUUGCAUUAUGGGAUUGGGCUUGUCUUACGCGGGAUCAAACAAGGAAGAACUUCUUGAAAUUCUUCUUCCGAUUGUGGAAGAUGUCUCUCUGGACAUGCAGCUCUCUGCAAUGGCAGCAGUUUCUUUGGGCCUGAUCUUCGUCGGUUCUGGUAACCAUCAGGUCUCCGAGGCUAUUGCCACGACACUCAUGGACGAGGAGAGGCAGAAGCAACUCAAAGACAAGUGGACGAGAUUUAUGGCCCUUGGUCUGGCCCUCCUUUACUUUGGUCGACAAGAGGAAGUGGAUGUCAUCUUGGAUAUUCUCAAGGCUGUUGACCACCCCAUGGCCAAGCCAACCUCCGUCCUUGCCUCCGUUUGCGCCUGGGCUGGUACUGGCACAGUCCUGAAGCUUCAAGAGCUUCUUCACAUUUGCAAUGAUUACAUUGAAGAGAAGGAAGAGAAGAAAGGUGACGAACUGGUGCAGUCCUACGCCGUCCUGGGCUUGUCCCUUAUUGCCAUGGGAGAGGAGGUUGGCCAAGACAUGAUUCUUCGGCAAUUCGGCCACCUGAUGCAUUAUGGUGCUAGCAAUAUCCGGAAAGCGGUUCCUCUGGCAAUGGGGCUGGUUAGCCCCAGUAACCCUCAGAUGAAAGUCUACGAUACAUUGUCCCGGUACAGUCAUGAUACUGACAACGACGUUGCGAUCAACGCGAUCUUCGCGAUGGGUCUCACCGGCGCUGGAACAAACAAUGCUCGGUUGGCACAACUUUUGCGACAGCUUGCCAGCUAUUACCACCGUGAUCAGAAUUCUCUCUUCAUGGUCCGUAUUGCUCAGGGUCUGCUGCACAUGGGCAAAGGUACCCUGUCCGUCAACCCGUUCCAUACCGAUCGCCAGGUGCUCUCGAGGGUGGCCGCUGCGGGACUGCUUACGGUGCUGAUUGCAAUGAUUGACGCCAAACAAUUCAUUCUCGCCGAGCAUCAUUAUCUCCUCUACUUCCUCAUCACAGCCAUGCAUCCACGAUUCCUCGUGACCCUUGAUGAGAAUCUGCAGCCACUGACCGUGAAUGUUCGCGUGGGUCAGGCAGUGGACGUGGUUGGGCAAGCUGGCCGCCCGAAGACCAUUACUGGAUGGCAAACCCAGAGCACGCCUGUGCUUCUUAGCUAUGGAGAAAGAGCUGAGCUGGAAGAUGAGGAGUAUAUUCCUCUUAGCCCCACACUUGAAGGCUUGGUGAUCCUGCGCAAGAAUCCUGAGUGGGUGAGCUCGGCAAACAAAAUCUGCUCAUCCGCCUUGAGCCUGGAUUUCCGUGUAUUGUAUGCAGAUAAGAUAGAUUAUCGUCUUUAA